ACAACAACAACAAAAACAUCUCUCUUAAUCUAAGAAAUGGGUCGUAGAAAAAUAGAGAUAAAACGUAUUGAAGAUAUCAACGAAAGGAAAGCGACGUUUUUAAGACGCCGAAAUGGAAUUUUUAAGAAGGCCGAUGCACUCGCAAAGCUGUGUAAUGUGGAAGUUGCUGUCUUGGUCAUAUCUCCUACAAAUCUACCGUACACAUACGGUAAUCCAUGCUUCAACGAUGUGGUUGAGCGUAUCCAAACUCCUAGUGCUUCGUCCAAACUCGAUAGUCUCAUGAAAGAAUUGGAACAAAUCAAAGAGCUUGAGGAGGUUUUGCGGAAGAGGCAAGAAAGAAACCGUGAAAAAUCCGAUAUGAUGGGGAUUGUUGAUUUGAACUUGGAGGACUUAGUUGCUUUCAAGGGGAAACUCGAGGCUCAUCAAGUAGGUUUAAAGAGGAAACAUGUAGAGAUGGAGGAUUUGUCUUCUCCAUCGAUGCUCUCAAAGAAUACGAAGAAGAAGAAGACAAGGACUGAGUCUUCUUCCGGACAGAGCAGAGAAAUGUAUGAGCUUCGGCCCAGAAUUCCUCGGAACUAUUUAGAAUAACCGUUAAAAAAAAAAAAAUUAUUUU